CACCAGUGUGGCAAGCUGUCUCUCAGAUUGCAUUUGCUUUCACGGAUCUGUUUAGUACUGAAAGGGAAAGGGGGAGGGGGAAAAAAAAGAAGGCAAAAGUGCUGCACUGAAUGUGAGAUCAUGCAAAAGCUAGUGCUCUAUGCUUCUAUUUACCUGUUCAUGCUGAUUUCAGUUGAUCCGGUGGCUCUUGAUGACAGUAGUCAGCCCACAGAGAACGCUGAAAAGGACGGACUGUGCAAUGCUUGUACGUGGAGACAGAAUACAAAAUCUUCCAGAAUAGAAGCCAUAAAAAUUCAAAUCCUCAGCAAACUGCGUCUGGAACAAGCUCCUAACAUUAGCAGGGAUGUUAUUAAACAACUUUUACCCAAGGCUCCUCCACUGCAGGAACUGAUUGAUCAGUAUGAUGUGCAGAGAGAUGACAGUAGCGAUGGCUCUUUGGAAGAUGAUGACUAUCAUGCCACCACCGAAACGAUUAUCACAAUGCCUACAGAGUCUGAUUUUCUUGUACAAAUGGAGGGAAAACCAAAAUGUUGCUUCUUUAAGUUUAGCUCUAAAAUACAAUAUAACAAAGUAGUAAAGGCACAAUUGUGGAUAUACUUGAGGCAAGUCCAAAAACCUACAACGGUGUUUGUGCAGAUCCUGAGACUUAUUAAGCCCAUGAAAGAUGGUACAAGAUAUACUGGAAUUCGAUCUUUGAAACUUGACAUGAACCCAGGCACCGGUAUUUGGCAGAGCAUUGAUGUGAAGACAGUGUUGCAAAAUUGGCUCAAACAGCCUGAAUCCAAUUUAGGCAUCGAAAUAAAAGCUUUUGAUGAGAACGGACGGAAUCUUGCUGUAACUUUCCCAGGACCGGGGGAAGAUGGAUUGAACCCAUUUUUAGAGGUCAGAGUUACAGACACACCAAAACGGUCCCGCAGAGAUUUCGGUCUCGACUGUGACGAGCACUCGACAGAAUCCCGCUGUUGCCGCUACCCGCUGACGGUGGAUUUCGAAGCCUUCGGGUGGGAUUGGAUUAUCGCUCCCAAAAGAUACAAAGCCAACUACUGCUCCGGAGAAUGCGAGUUUGUGUUUUUACAAAAGUACCCGCACACCCACCUGGUGCACCAAGCCAACCCCAGAGGCUCGGCAGGCCCUUGCUGCACGCCCACCAAGAUGUCCCCCAUCAAUAUGCUGUACUUCAAUGGCAAAGAACAAAUCAUCUACGGCAAGAUACCAGCCAUGGUUGUAGACCGCUGCGGGUGCUCAUGAGAUCCUCGCCAGAUCCACCGCUUCACACAUCGUGGAAGCUACCAAAAAAAAGGAAAAAAAAAAGAAAAAAAAUAAGGAGAAAAAUAGAAGAAGUUAUACCCCCUCACCAGUCUCUCAAACUGUGAAGUUACGUACACAAGGCAUUGCCGACCUCCUGUGUGCUACCAGCAGCAGUUACAGAACGUGAACUAAAGGACAAUGUAAUUACCUGAUGGCUGCUUGUGAGCCAGCAAAAGAGAAAAGCUACAAUCAAAAUCACCGGAUUUAAUCCGCAAAGUUCUUACAUUAUGAGGGAAUCAAUAUUCAGUCGUUUGGAUGCAAAUUUAUAUGCAGGUUUCAGUACACAUUGGUAAUCAAAAGCAAGCUCCUUCUCACCUGAGGACAGAAGGAGCAGGCUUUUGGGUUCCUUUCUUCACAGCUUCAUUUAAUGUCAUAUUUACAGGAACAUAUAUACUGGUAACAUAUACACCACUACACAAUACCACCAGAAUCAUCCUUAAACACUUGAAUAUAUAGUGCAGACUUGUGAAAUGUAUCAGAUGAAAUUCCACAUAAAUGGACAAACCCUGAAAUUAGGGAUGGCAUAGUGUAUUUAGCGUGUUUCCAUUCCUUUUUCUCAUUAGUAUGUUAGUAAUCAAUGGCAAUGGUGCUACGUAAGCAGGCUGAAUAAAUAGAAAGAUAGUUAUAUAAGUGAAAGAAUUUAGGCUUAAUAAUGAAUUUGCCCUAUCCUCAGGUACACUAUUCAACAUUCUCAAGAAAUAGAUAUUUUGUAAAUGAAAAGGAAUAGUUUUCUAGACAUAGAAAAACAGAAGGCAGCAGAGAAAUCCAACAUUCAAAUUGCAAUCCCACAUUUUAACCUGCCUUUGCAACAUUACCGUUUGCACUAUGGUAAACCAAUGCAAAUAGUUGGUUGCUACAGAUAUUGUUUAAAAACCACUUUGAUAUAACUGACUUGUGUAAUAUGUAUGCAUCAAUAUUUUGUAAAUAAAUGUUUAUUUUUUAAUCACUGUUGGUAUAUGUUCAUCACAAGAAAAGAACUACUUUAACCUGUACUUUAGUUUAAUAAACAAACCCCAAUAUUCUCUUCAUAAUAUAAUUUUCUGGAUUUUAACACAAAUAAUACGUAGGAACAAUGCAACAAAGUAAACCAUAUGUUGAGAAUUAUUCUACAUUUUAUAUGUUUUUUACAUUGGUAUGAGCCAUCUAGGAUAAAUGAUGGCAGUUGACAUGUUUAUAAGGUUCUUUGGGUUACUGUUUUUAUGGUCAUUUUGAUCCACAACUGAAUUUCCAUAUUUUAAAUGUUAUGUUCAUAAAUAAUAAUGAUACCACAAAAGAUUGCUAUUAAAUGCAUUUUAUUAUAUUUAAAAGUUUGCAGCAAAGUAUUUUCUGUAUUUGAGUAAACAUAGUACAUGGAUUUCCACACAAAUUCUGUACAUUUUCCUUAUGGUAAAAAAUUGUUCAUUGAAAUUAAAAAGAUCUAUUUACUAUAAA